GACUUUAUUGGUACAAUUUAGACCAACGCUGCACAGACAGACCUCUCAAAGAAACUUCUAGACUAGUAAUUCCAUAUUUUAACUGUUGAGAGUCAGUAAUAAAACAUUAGGAAUAUGACCCUAAUGGGUUCCUGUUUUGUAUAUAAUUAACACAAUUGCUAAUUUCCAUCGUCAGGUGUAAUUUAUGUACAGGUGUGAAAUAUACCUGUUCCCUCAAAAAUUACCGAACAAUCUUAAAUAUAUUUAUCAAAAUUCGUGAUUUUUAAUUGAAUGUCCAUAGAUAAAAAUGCUUGACUGUUAAUAUGCUUCGCUGUAAUUGGUUGCCUUUAGAAUACCGCUGGCAUUUUAUUAAACCUUACCGUUGUGUAUUUUUCGGGGAGGCGCGCGAUGAACUCGUUCGCGGAGGACCGAUGAUCUUCAGCGGUUAAAGAGUCAGACCGGAUCAGAGAGUUGUGGGCACGUCUUCGGAUACUUACGGUUUAUCAUCACGCCGAUUCCGCUGUGUGGUUUUCGGCGCUUGUGAGCUGCACCUCGGACAUUUUGCUGCGUUCCUUGAACAUCUCAUAUUUUACUUUGUCUCAAAGGGAGAAGUUCAGUAAACAGCGCCUUCAGACUCGAGGCGAAAUAAGCACUUGUCAUCGUUAAUACUGUUAAUAAUUUACUUUGUUACAGGGGUAAGUGCGACUGGGCGAAUGAAAUGGGGGGAAGCCAGUUGAUCGGUAUAUAAAAACUGCGAGGUUUUGGGCAUAAAUAGAAUUAAGGGAGGAAGUGUGGGCUGCACCUGUUUGCAAAAGCGGAGGUGGUAGGGAGGCUCUAUAGGGCUCCGCUCUGUUCCGCGGCAACAAUAAAGGGGGAAAAGUUUGCCGGUCUUCCGCGAUAAGUGGCAGCUUUCCUGGUCUUCAGAGUGGGCAGGAAGCGGGAGAAGGAGCGCAACUCCGCCGUGCGAACCGCGAGCCAGGAUGCUGCAGCAGCUGGAGGUCAACGUAGCGUUCUUGACGGACUCGGAGCGCGAGCUGAUCCUCGAGGUGCUCCAGCGGGAUGAGGAGCUGAGGAAAGCUGAGGAGCAGCGUGUGAGACGGCUGAAGGCGGAGCUCUUGGACAUCCGCCGGCGAGGUGCCAAGCGCAGCAGCGGCAGCUACAGCGAGCGCAGUUGUGGCCGUUGCCAGGCAGCUCUGGGGCGUCUGUCUGUCGGUGCCAGCCAAUGCUCGGGCUGCAACCAUCGCGUGUGCAGCGCCUGCCGCUCCAGCCGGCCCGACGGGUCAUGGGCGUGCAGUGUGUGUGCCAAGGAGGCAGACCUUAAGAAGACCACUGGAGACUGGUUCUAUGACCAGAGGGUGAACCGCUUCCUGGACUCCCCUGGGCAUGACAUGGUCAGAGUCUCCCUCAGGAAGCGGCCCCAGGUGAAGAAGCGCGACACCGUGGGGGCAAUGCUCCUGCAGAACGUGGAGAUGAAUCCCGCCGGCAGGCCCUCGCCGAUCCCUCGGCCCAGGCUGAAGGACCAGCUGGGCCUCGACACGAGCUCUCUGUCGGAUGGGUCGCAGCCCCCUGAUGGACCAGCUCCAGAUCAACAGCAGCGCAGUGACACUGAGUCUGUGGAGAAGGCCAGUCUGAGCAGCAGCCGAACCGGGACUGAAUCCUCCCAUGGGACUCCGGUCCUGUCCAGGAAUGAGGCUGUGCCUGCGGAUGGAGGAUCAAUGGGGCGCUCCAGUCCCGCUGGAUCUAGCAAGUCAGUCUUGGAUGCCCCCAUCAAGCCGGGCAACUCCUCCAGUAGCACUUCGGACCUGGACCCGUCAGUAACACCCUGCCCAGUACCAACAGUGUCUGAAGAAGAUAAGCUGUUCAAGAGGAGUACCAAACGAGUCCAGAAGCCUGGGGAGAGUAACUGGCCCACCUCAGUGCUGGACCUGCGUGAGGCGGGGUCAGAGAUAGACGAGGGCUCCAUGAGAGAUCGGAGCAAGUCCGUGCCAGGGCUCAACAUGCAGGAGGAAGAGGAGGAUGAGGACAUUGACAGCCUGGUUGAGAUCCACAGGAAGAAUGCAGGCAGAAGCACGUACAGCCUUCGAAGCAAGAGCACGAUGGGCAGUCUGAUGAGCGUGUACAGCGAGGCAGGAGACUACGACACGGUCGACGUCAGUGGAGACAUCAUAUUCUCCCUCCAUUACGACGACCGCUCGCAGACCCUGUCCAUCCUCAUUAAGGAGUGCCGCAGCCUGGCUUAUGGAAACGCUGCCAAACAUCGCUGUAACCCGUAUGUAAAAUGCUACCUGCUCCCAGACAAGUCCCGGCAGAGCAAGAAGAAGACCACCGUCAAGAGCAACACGGUCAACCCCAUUUACAACGAGACCCUGAAGUACUCCAUCAGUCGUUCCCAGCUGGUCACACGGUCUCUCCAGUUGUCUGUUUGGCACCAUGACCGCUUUGGCCGCAACGCCUUCUUGGGGGAGGUGGAGUUGCCACUGGAUUGCAGGGACCUGAACUCCAGCCACGAGGAGUGUGUGCCGCUUCGACCGAAGGUCUCUGCCACAUCACAGUCUGCUUUCGCCCAGUACAAGGGGGAACUGAUGAUUUCCCUGAAGUUUGUUGCCGCAGGCGAGGUGUCCUCAGACACCGCCAAAGGUAAGGACAAGAAGAAGAAGAAGACCAAGGAUGAAGGUGGAGAGCUUCAUGUCCUGAUCAAGGAGGCCAAAAACCUAACUGCCAUGAAAAAGGGAGGCAUCUCUGACUCCUUUGUGAAAGGGUACCUGCUGCCGGACAAGACGAAGGCCACAAAGAGGAAGACACCCGUGGUGAAGAAAACCCUCAACCCACACUAUGAUCACACCUUUGUGUACAAGGGCCUGAGCUUAGAGCAGCUGCAAGGCAUGUGUCUGGAGCUGACUGUGUGGGACCGGGAGGCCAUGUCCAGUAACGACUUCCUGGGAGGUGUCCUUCUGAGUUCAGGACCAGGUGCCAUGCAGGAAGUCUCAGUGGAUUACACAGAGGAUGAGGCCUGCCUUUGGAGGAAGAUGAUGCAGUACCCUGGCUCGUGGGCAGAGGGCACCCUCCCAUUGCGCUCCUCCAUGGGCAACAUCAAAUGAAGAUGCCAGAAUGGAACAGAAGCUGUCCAUACGCUUUUAACCAAAUUUUGCUUAACCCCCCCCCCACCACCACCACCUCCGUCUGCAAUAAAGCAUGUGAUUUCAGGGGAUGGGAGCGGGAGUCCCACAAUUCAGAGGGACAGGGGCCUGUAGCUGUAAUUCUGUGGGUUAGCAAUAGUGACUCUGCAAUUUCUUUAUCCUCUACCUGUGGAAUAGAAGGACCUAAUCAAGGGCUUUAACUUUAAUGCACAAUCACAAGUUUAUUCUGCCAAAGAACUUAUUGUUACGCAUUUAAAAAUUUGUUAGCAUUAACAAUAAUGCUAUUAUUAAUUUUAAUCUUUAGAAAGACAGAUGCAUCUUUUCUGGAGUUUUUGCUCGCAGUAUGGCGGGGGGGUGGGGUGGUCGGCGUCUGCAGAGCUUUGCUGAGAUGGGCUCCUCUGCGUCUCCGUGCCGGACAGCCCUGGGGGGUCUGUGACUUCCGUAAUGUCAUCAGCUUCGGAGGGUGACGGACGAGCAGCUGCAAUGUUCAUCUUUCCAUAGCAAAAGCACUUUGGACUGUUACCUUCAAACGUUAGAUGUUUCUCCCUUUGGCUGUCAGGUCACAGAUGUAUUUUUGUUUAUGUUAAAAAAAAAUUGAUUUUUAUUCAAUAUACAUAGAAAACAACCAAUUACCAAGGGAUUGGAAGGUAGUUGUAUGCCGAUAUAUCAAAUUGUUGUCUUAAUAAAUAAGUAUAUUUAACUUCA